AUGUCGCAGAAUUUGAUUAUACCCGUACUCCUGUUUGUUUGUGCACGGCUUUACUCGCCGCUUCCCGCGACGAACCCUGUUGUGGAAGCAAUGCGCAAGAGCGGCAGUGGUCAGGCCACCUCGACAUGGAUCCAGUCUGUAUCGCUCGCACAGGCGAUCCAAGGGUCCAAUGCGGUGCAGUCGAUUCUAUCUAUGCUGCCUUCGUCUUGGCUUUCUGGCGAGCACGGCUUCUUUCGCGCUACAUGGCUCGAAGGGAGUGUCGCGAUGGCAAUCCACGGCGAGCAGUACGUCUUGUCGCAUAUCCCCGAGUACUGGUACAAUAUUCUUUUGUACAUGAGCCCCGUGUUCUCUCUUCUUGAGGGAUUAUCAAGUCUCCUUGUCAUCCAGUCUGUCUCGCAUCUCUCCCGCUGGCUUAUCAAUGAUACAGAAGAUGGCAAACGCAGUAGGCAGCUGCGCGGCAGUCGAAUCAUCAAACGCCUUUUGUCGUUUGGCUUGGAUCCAUCGGAGGUGUGGCAGCUUUUGUUUCUUAUGCUGUCCGCCAUUAUUUACGUUGCAGCCGUGUUUGCCUUGUACAUUUGCUUCGACGGCGCUUUCGACGGCCGUCCGAUUACCGCUGCUGCGAUCGGCGCUAGUCUUGCAUCCACACUGUGGAUUUCGGGCAUUGCGUUCACGAUACGCAAGGCAAAUGUCGUGGAGACGAGCUUGAUGUUUGCAUACGUGGUGUUCAAUAUCUACCAGCUCAACACGUCGAUGCGCCUUGGGACGGAUCCGUUGCAGAUGGUGCGCGCAUUUAAAGCAUCACGCCUUGAGAGUCAUACGCCUUUCCUCCUGGCCACCUCAACCGAUGCCUUUUUGGACAGGCUUGUGGAUGCGGUGGAGCACAGUUUGCACGUACUCUCUGCGGCCAGCGAGGUACUGCCCAAGACGGUCAUUGUAAGCCUGGUCUUCCGUCUUAUGGUCUUGUACUCCGCUAUUCGCGUCCUUCCGCGCUUGGAUACGGCAACUGCGUACGACGUGCGCAGUAUUCCCACUUCUGACGCACAGACCAAGCUCGCAAACGAUAAAGAGGCGCAGGACCAAGCAAAACUAAACGACUUGCUCAAGAAGGCCAAGGAGCCCGGCUCGCCAGGAGCAGAGAGUGUGUCUUCACAUGUCCCUGAAACGCUGUCCAAGGCGCCGACUGCGCCACGGGAAAAGGCUCGGCGCGUUGCGUCCGCCGCGCGCCCCAAGCCGGACUCCACCAUCUUGCCCGUCCUUGUCACAUACUCUCGUUUUGUCUUGAUCGCCGUGUACAGUCAUUUGCUUUUGCUUGAUCAAAACCACCAGAUUUACUGGCGCUUGCUCACCGUUUUCUUCACCUUGUGCCUCUGGAGUGUGGAGCUACUAAUGAGCAAGGAAGAGGCGCCGAUGGCGGCGAUGUACGAAUAA